GCUGUUAAUUCUUGAAGCUAUAGACCGCCACCACUUAAAGGAUUACCGUUAUUCUUCGGUUCUUUUAAUUCCUAUUUUUAUGCGCUUUUUUCCAAUCCUCCUCAUCCUCGCAUUAUUGGCCAGUCCGAUCCAUGCAGAACAAGUCUCGGAUCCUUCCGUUUCAUCCGUUUUGGGAAGUCUUCAGUCUCGCAUAAAAUCAAUGAUGGGAACCGCCUACCGAUCAACCGUGGAGGCUUCUUCCAUCCUUUCACGCAGACUGAGUGAGCAAAUUUCAGUGCAAAUAAGCAAACCGUCUAGUGAAAAAUCCAAUAAUUGGUUUGCUGGCUUUUCCAAAACGAGUAUCAUGAUUCUCAGUAUGGAAAUUGGCGAUAAGACGUUCUUCAUCGGAGCUAUCUUGGCUAUGACUCAUAACCGGUGGCUUGUGUUCCUCGGCUCGGUAUUGGCGUUGGUGGUAAUGUGUGUGAUAUCUUGCGCAAUCGGCCUGGCCGCUCCUAUCCUCAUGUCGCGCGAGCUUUCCGUCGUCGUUGCCUCCGUCCUUUUUGUUUUCUUUGGAGUUCGAAUGAUUAUCGACGGGCUCCACGCCGAAAACGAUGUAAAGGAAGAGUACGGAGAGGCAGAGGAGGCCGUCAACCAGCACAUGGGCAAUGAUCUCUCGGAUGCAGAGUCCGGUCUCAUUCACUCCAAGAGCAGGCCUUCGGAGACUCGCUGCGACCUCAACAACAUCAUUUUCAAAACGUUCAUCAUGGUGUUUUUCGCCGAGUGGGGAGAUCGGUCGCAAUUCUCUACGAUCGCUCUCGCCGGAACCCAUCCCAUUUCCUCCGUCAUUCUCGGCGCGGCUGCAGGGUACGUCAUAGCGACUCUCUGCGGUGUUCUGGGCGGCGACUACUUCGCCCGCGUGCUCUCUCCGCGCGUCAUCUCCAUCUCCGGCGGCGUUCUGUUCAUCCUCUUCGCCAUUCAGAUCCUAAUCAUGAAAGACUUUCUUGUUUGUGCCACAAACACCCAAUCGAACACACUAAACAAACAUGGCUCCCAGCACGCCGCCCCGCAGGAACGCUCCCGUCCGCUGCGCCGGCGCGAACUGCCCGGGCUCCGCGCGCAGCAGCCGCGCGAACUCCGUCGCGUACGUCACGUUCACGACGCCGUUGAACUGCUGGCGCGUCCGCAGGAGCUUGGUCUGGAGCUUCCGCAUCAUCUCGACGACGUUGGGAUCGUACUCUCCAGCGCGCCGGAGUCGCUCAUGCUCUUCGUCUCGUCGUACGGGUCGAACGCGGAGGCGCGGCUGAGCAUUUCUUUCCCGGCUAGGUGUGAAGGGAGGCAGCAAGAGCGACUUCGGAAGGAGUAUUCGAUGUGCGGGAGCUUCUCGGGGAGCUCCGGGUGCGAUUCGAGCUGCUGGCGCUUUCGCUCCAUUCGCUUCAGCGUGGUCUGCACGAUCUCCGAGGACAGAACCGCGGUGGAGCGAACCGGCACGGGCUUCCGAUCGUCGACCUCCGCCACGACCUCGUCUUCCUCCUCCAUUUUCUUCGCUCCCGCGCGCUUUUCUUCGCCGUUCUCAUCGUCGUCACUCUCAAUCACACUCUCUUCUUCAUCUUCAUCUUCAUCUUCGUCUUCGUCGUCUUCGUCAUCCACCCACUCACCAGCGCGUUGCUUUCGCUUCAUCACCUCCGCUUCGUCCUCCUCCUCCACUCCUGGCAGCGCCUUCCGCACGCUCACCACAUCGUACACGUCCUCCUUAUCCUCCACUUGCAGCAGCGGGUACAGCGACGGGUGGUACGUCACCAGCUCCGUCACCAGCGGGAUCACGAACAGCGCCGUCGACGGCGAGCUCCGCAUCGCGAUCCGGCACAGCUUCUUGCAGAACGCGGCCACGACGAGCGCGGGCACCGCGGUGGACCGCAGCGACUUCACCAGCAGCGUGAGGAAUUUCUGGCGAUAUCUGCGCGUGACUCGCCGCCCGAACGCCUCACUUCAGCACGAACACGUCGUCCGUGAGCAGCGCGUAGAGCUUGGGGUAGUACUCGGGGUAGUUCACGUUGUGCUCCGUGAUGAGGUAGAACAGCCCGCCCAGCGCCAUGACCGCCAGCACGCCGCCGUAGUUGUAGCAGUCGGUCAGAAAGUCGGUCAGAAAGAGCGGCUGGUGCAGGAACGGCAGGAAAUGGGUCGGGAGGCGCAGCAGGAUGUAGUGCAGCAGCUUCUCGCUCAGCGACUGGCCCAGAACCAGCAUCACCAGCGCCGUGAAGUUCCUCUUCUGGUUCACGGGCGCCUGGUUGGCCUCGGAGAAAACGCCCUUCCUGUUAGCGGGAACCAAAAUCGCGUACCAGCAGCGAGGGGGUUUCGUCGAUCGGAGACUCGAUGA